AUGGCCAAAAUAACCAUCUUCCACAAUCCUAGAUGCAGCAAAAGCAGAAAUGGUGUCGCAUGUUUGCGCGAAAACAAUACUGACAACCAGUACAAUCUAGAAGUUGUUGAAUACACGAAAAAUCCACCGUCUCAAGAAACUCUAAGAGCUUUGGGCAAUUAUCUCGGCAUUGAGCAGCAAGAUCCUGCUAGCAGGCCAUGGGAAGUUUUAUUACGGCCAGAAGCUAAAAAGAGAGCAAACUCUUUAGAAGAAGCAUAUGCUUUGAUUGAAGAAAAUCCCCUUUUGUUGGAGCGCCCUUUCGUCAUUGACUGGGAACGUAAAAAGGCAGCUAUCGGACGUCCAGAUGCUUCUGCUAUUGAGAAACUGAUUGCUGAGCAUAUCGAGUUCACUAAACAGCAAUAA